AUCUAUGCUGUAAUAUUGUCAUGUGGCAAACUCAAGAACUGCAAUUAUUCAAAAGAUAGGUUAUCACAUCUCGAUGUAAUAUUUCAAAUAAUUCACGUAAUUAUUAAAAAUAAGUAAAAUCGUAAUAAUCGCAAUGGCUGAUAUAUCCAGUGAAAAAUUAUCCAAGAACGAAUUGAAACGUCGUCAAAAGGCGGAGCAGAAAUUGAAAGAAAAAGCUGAAAAAGCUGCUUUGCAGCCACCUCCUUUGGCAGCAGAGAAGAAAUCUUCAAAGUUAGAGGAAGAAAUCAGUCCAAAUGAGUAUUAUAAGUUGCGUACUGCAGCUGUUGCAGCUCUUAAAAAUGGACCAAAAGAAGAACAUCCUUAUCCACACAAAUUCUCUGUCUCAAUAUCCUUAGACGAAUUUAUUGAGAAGUACAAUGAUAUAAGUAGUGGUGAAGUCCUUGAGAAUGUAACUUUAUCUGUAGCUGGCAGAGUUCAUUCCAUCAGAGAGUCUGGAGCUAAGCUAAUAUUCUAUGAUUUAAGAGCUGAAGGUGUUAAAAUUCAGGUGAUGGCUAAUGCAAAAAUCUAUGAGUCAGAAGAAAAGUUCAUACAUGACACAAGUAAACUGAGGCGUGGUGACAUUAUUGGUUGUGUUGGCCACCCGGGCAAAACCAAGAAAGGAGAACUUUCUAUCAUACCAAAAAGUAUUAAACUACUCUCACCUUGUUUGCACAUGCUGCCACAUUUGCAUUUUGGAUUAAAAGAUAAAGAAACUAGAUUCAGGAAAAGAUAUCUGGAUCUCAUUUUGAAUGACAGGGUAAGACAGAUAUUCUAUACAAGGGCUAAAAUUAUAGCCUAUGUCAGACGUUUCCUGGAUAAUUUAGGUUUCCUAGAAAUUGAAACUCCAAUGAUGAAUAUGAUUCCUGGUGGUGCUGCUGCCAAACCAUUUAUAACUCAUCACAAUGAUCUAAACAUGGACCUGUUUAUGAGAAUAGCCCCAGAACUAUACCAUAAGAUGCUGGUGGUUGGAGGUCUUGACAGAGUUUAUGAAAUUGGAAGACAGUUUCGAAAUGAGGGAAUUGAUUUAACACAUAACCCAGAGUUCACAACAUGUGAAUUUUAUAUGGCAUAUGCAGAUUAUCAUGAUCUCAUGACCAUUACCGAAUCAAUGAUUUCAGGUAUGGUAAAGAGCAUUCACGGUUCUUACAAGAUCAAAUAUCACCCAGAUGGGCCUGAUGGUGAAGAGCUUGAAGUUGACUUUACACCUCCAUUUGCUAGGAUGCCCAUGAUUACUACUUUAGAAAAGGUGCUUAAUGUCACAUUACCCGCAGCAGAUAAAUUUGAUACACCUGAAGCAAACAACUUUUUCAGUCAGUUGUGCGAGAAGCAUGAGGUGGAAUGUCCUCCACCGAGGACUACAUCCAGACUUCUUGACAAACUGGUGGGAGAGUUCCUAGAAGAAAAAUGUAUUAAUCCUACUUUUAUUCUGGAUCACCCACAAAUUAUGAGCCCAUUGUCUAAAUAUCAUAGAGACAAACCUGGUCUAACUGAAAGGUUCGAAUUGUUUGUAAUGAAAAAAGAAAUAUGCAAUGCAUACACAGAACUGAAUGAUCCAGCAACACAAAGGGAACGGUUUGAACAGCAGGCAAAAGACCGCGCCGCUGGGGAUGAUGAGGCUCCACCUACCGACGAAGGUUUUUGCACUGCUCUUGAAUACGGUCUGCCGCCUACUGGAGGUUGGGGUUUAGGUAUUGAUCGCCUCACGAUGUUCCUUACGGAUUCCAACAAUAUCAAGGAAGUAUUGCUAUUCCCGGCUAUGAAACCAGAUGACCCUAAUAAACAUAACACUGAAGAUGAAAAUUCCACUCCGACUACUAUACAGAAUGGUGUUUAAAAA